AUGACCUCCUACCCACUGCCUGAAGUGGAUCCGCAGAUCACUGGUGUAACCAGCUCGCCAUACCCGGAGGCCAUCCCACAUCAAUCAGACGUCGACGACUUCCUGCGCAAGAAACGAAAGGCCCGUGAACACAAGGCAUGCUAUCCGUGCCGACAGCGUAAAGUGAAAUGUGAUCUUUCGCGGCCCUGCCAGACCUGUCGGGACCGAGACCACCCGGAACUAUGCUCAUACCAUCCACCAAACAAGCGGCAGAAUAUUGACAUGGACCACCCCAUGAUCAAGGCCGAGGAAGGUGUCAAUGGGAACAGCUUCGUCACGCUUGGGCGCGGCGAAUUCGAGAUGCUAUGCAGCAAGCUCAAUGGACUCGAGAAUUCCAUUGCUGAGCUUCGGCAUGAGAUCAGCCGCAAUUCAGCUGUCGACCCGAACAUCACUAGGCACGAGAGCCACGCUGCGGCAGGCGCUGCCAAGCCGAAUGGGCACCACCGCAAGGAGAAUGCUCCAACUCACACAGAUGUUCACGGCAUCCACACCCGCAACGAAGCUGGAGAGAUUGUCCAUCUUGGGGGCGGCUCGAUCCCCGCAAUGCUGUAUGCACUUGGUCAGGGCCAAGGUCAAAGUCCGGAGGAGAAGAUGAAGUUGCAAGAACUGCUCGGUCGAUCCAUCUUACCACUUUUCGGCCUCGACAACGAAUCAGCGACCUACCCGUUUGUUGAUCUCUGGGGCCUUCCGCACGGCUCGAUACAGAGAGCACAAGAACUGGCUCGAGCUUUACCGAAUGACGCACAGUGUCUUCACUUGUUCCGCUGCUAUCGUGAUCUCGGUUAUGUCAUAUAUCCAGGCGUGGCCGAUCUGAGGGCUCUGGAGCAAGAGUUGGAUGAGUUCCUAGUCGCUCGAGCAGCUGAUGUGGAUUCUCAAGACGGCAUCACCGAGCAGAGCAUAUAUGGCAAGUCCUACCCCUGGCUUGCGGUGCUGUUCGCAGUACUUGGCAGUGGAGCACAAUGCAGUGCCACACCUCGCAAGGAGCGAGAGCUCACCUCACAGGUCUAUAUCUGCUGCAGUUUCGAGUGUCUACGGUACACGAACUUCCUUUCUCAGCCGCAUCUUGAUAGUAUACAGGCUCUCGCCCUUAUCGGUAACGUCAUGACCAACAAUAUGAAUGCUGGCACAGCAUGGAGUCUACUCGGCCUGACGAUUCGCCUUGCGCAAGGCCUGGGCAUCCAUCGCACAUGUCCUCCACAUGUUGCCACAAGUAUAGUGCUGCCUCGCAGUAAAGUCUGGUGGGCAAUUAUAUGGCAGGAUAGUCUUCUCUCGAUCACGUAUGACAGAGCAAGCACAACAUCAGCUAUGGACAACAACACCAUGCCAAUGCCGCAGCACUUUGAGGCUAUAGCACCAUAUCACGCCACAAUGUAUCAGCUGUCGAAGACCAAUCUGGAUAUUGUCCGUGAUCGGGCCACGACCAUGACUGAGGAUACGCAUCGAAGCCGGAUUCUGGAGCAUCGCGAAUCAAUCUCCACGAUCAUGCGAGAUUCUGUGGAGUACCUGCGAGACUCGAGGAUGUGCACGACUAGUCGGGAAACUCUAGAGCAUUGGGCAUUCUACUUGCACACUUCUUACGCUCUAUCGGAGUUGUACAGACCCGCCAUCAGUCCAAGCAAAGGCACAUCAGAGCUAGCGAGAUUAUUCAAGCUGCCUUGUAUUGAGAACCUCACAAAUACCCUGGAUGCUUACCUCGGUCUGAACAACAUCACCACGUUUGCAAAACAGUCCUGGGCAGCGGUUCAUCGUGCCCUCAGCUCAGCCCUUCUCCUCGGGAUCCUGGGUGAACAUAUCCGUAACGAGCGAGCCAGAAGGCUGAUGAGUCGGUUCAUUGUGGUCAUGGGCGAUAUGACCAACGCCAUGGAUCCGCAGGAGAUCUCUGCACCGGUACGAAGAGGCCUGGCUGCACUGGCCAAGCUAAAGAUACAGGAGCACGGUGAUGGGUAUGGCCCUGGCGGAGUACACAACGGGUCUGGGGACGGUGCAUCCGUGAGUAGCGAGGGUUCCAUUAGGAUCGACAAUGGAGCUUUAUUCACUCCGAGUCAAUCGGAAAGCAACAGUGUGCAGGGCGAAGAUCACUCGCCUUACUCUGUGCUGAACACAAUCCUCUGGGGGUCUGCGGAUCUUAAUCAAUACCCAGAGGUACCGAUCCUGUGA